CAGCCAGGAGGAGGGGUGGGAUGGGUGAGCAGUGCCUGGGCUGCGCAGGGCCAAUAUUGUGCUGACAUAAAUCAUUAAUCAUUCAUUCCACAAAUAUUUGUUGAGUCCAUCAUGUGCCCAAGCACUGCUCUAAGUACUGGGAGACAAAAGAAAGAAAAGUUACAGGAAAGAAAGAAAAAACCCUCUGUCUUCAUGAAGCCUACAUUCUAGUGGGAAAGACAGACAAAAAAUAAGUAAAAUAUGUAUCGCAUGUCAGGGGACGCUAAGUGCUAUGGGGAAAAAGUGAGGGAGUUAGGAGAGCAGGUGCAAUUAUAAAUAAAGCGGUCAAGCGCAAAAUCUAUUUCGAGGAGGAGAGAGAGUGAUCCUGUGCUGCUUGCUGGUCAAAGCGGUGCAGAACUUCAAACUGGUCACUGGGUUUAGCAACCUGUCACUGGUAGCCUUGAAAACAGGCCAACUGUGUUUUUUUGGUUAUAAUCACCCAUACUGGACUGUGGUCAAGAUUUCCUGAAGGGUUUCUUGAGCAAGGUCCCUGUCACCCUGGAAACUACCUCAUCCAGAGACGGGAGGAGUGCUGGGCGCCCGUCACAGAUCUGGUCUUCAAGGCUGUUUCCUCAUCAUGUGUGAAAUGGGAUAAAGUAAGAGCUUCCUCCCAAGAUUAUUGUGAGGAUUAGAGGUGGUAACCUGAUUGGCAGCCUCAAGCCAGUGCUACCAGAAUGGGGGUGCUCAGUAUAGGCUGGCUGCCAGCUCAUCAUUAUCGAGCACUUACUAGGUGCUUAGUGCUUCACACACAUUAUGGUCCAUGAUGAUCUCCCUUUUCUACAUGGAGGUGGGGAAAAUAGGCUUUAGAGAGGGUAAGCAGCUUGCCCAGGUGGCGAAGCUGAGAUUCAAAACCAGGUCUGUUUUUUUUUUUUUUUUAAUUUUAUUUAUUUAUUUAUUUAUGGCUGUGUUGGGUCUUCGUUUCUGUGCGAGGGCUUUCUCUAGUUGCGGCAAGUGGGGGCCACUCUUCAUCGCGGUGCGCGGGCCUCUCACUAUCGCGGCCUCUCUUGUUGCGGAGCACAGGCUCCAGACGCGCAGGCUCAGUAAUUGUGGCUCACGGGCCCAGUUGCUCCGCGGCAUGUGGGAUCUUCCCAGACCAGGGCUCAAACCCGUGUCCCCUGCAUUGGCAGGCAGAUUCUCAACCACUGCGCCACCAGGGAAGCCCAAAACCAGGUCUGUUUUAACUCUCAAGCCUGAAGUGUGCAGUUUCUCCCAACAGUGCUCUCCCAAAGGGAACACUACAGGACACGGCAAGAGAAAACAGGCGCUGCACCUCACCUCUGUGGAGACGGACUGGGAACAGACUGCCCUGUCUCACCCGCUGUGCAACCCCCAGGUCCUCAUCAACCUGGCCUUGCUGAUGCAGGAAGCAGAACUUCGGGGGAGUCCCUCACUGGCCAUGUGGCUGGUCAAUGGCUUCCAGCUACUAUAUGUGGGUGAUGCCCUUUGGCACGAGGAGGCGGUCCUCACCACCAUGGACAUCAUACACGACGGGUUUGGCUUCAUGCUGGCCUUUGGGGACCUCGCCUGGGUACCCUUCACCUACAGCCUGCAGGCCCAGUUCCUGCUGUACCACCCAGAGCCCCUGGGGUUGCCCCUGGCCUCGGUCAUCUGCCUCAUCAAUGCUGUUGGUUACUACAUCUUCCGUGGAGCCAAUUCUCAGAAAAACACCUUCCGGAAGAAUCCUUCUGAUCCCAGAGUGGCUGACCUUGAGACCAUCUCUACAGCCACAGGGCGACGGCUGCUGGUGUCUGGGUGGUGGGGUAUGGUCCGCCAUCCCAACUACCUUGGAGACCUCAUCAUGGCUCUGGCCUGGUCCUUGCCCUGCGGGGUGUCCCACCUGUUGCCCUACUUCUACCUCCUUUACUUCACUGCGCUGUUGGUACACCGUGAGGCCCGGGAUGAGCAGCAGUGUCUGCAGAAGUAUGGCCUGGCCUGGCAUGCAUACUGCCAGCGUGUGCCCUAUCGAAUCGUGCCCUACAUCUACUGAAGCAGCUCCACGUGUCCCAUGUCGGGCCACAUGCCCACCCAGCUGCCAGCACACCCAGCACCAGGAGCCUGGACUCACCUGGCACUCAAGGGCCUGCACCCUACCCUGCUCUGAGCUCCGACAGGCAGUGGUGAAUAGCCUGAUAGGUGGUUGGAGCAAAAGGGGAAAACGAAGCCAAAAUGGAGUGGAGGGGCUGCUCUUCCUCCUUGGAUAAACAUCUGGAACGUUU